AUGCUGAACUUUUACACCAACGGCCCUGCGGACAGGUUGUCAACGCGGAUCCAGUGCUACAAAGCAGACGCCAAGGACCACGGCACUGUUACGACACUGCUGGUGUCGGCGGGCCCGCAGAUUGGGUUCGUGGCCAACGGGGUUCUGGACAGCCCGGACCGGCGAGCUUCUACUACAUGGCAAAAGUGCCAGCGCAGAGCUGAUGAUGGAUACGUCACAGACAGCCAAGUCCUCUCCAUCAAGAUCCCGGCGUGUAUCUCGUCGGGGGAGUACCUCGCCCGCGUCGAGCACCUGGCGCUCCAUGGCGCGGCGGCGGAGGCGGAGACGCAGCUGUACCUCGCGUGCGCGCAGGUUUCCGUUUGGUGGAGUGGGAACACCAGUCCGUCGGGCCUCGUGUCGUUCCCAGGGGCAUACAAGUCGACGGAUCCGGGGAUCCUGUUCCAAGCAUACGUACUGGCCCACGCCGACGAGCUACAUUAA